AAAAGGAGGAGUACCUAAUAAAACCAUUCGGAGACUAGUCCGACCCAAGCCAGUGCUGGGAAUGUUGUCGUGGAAAGAGAGCGACCUUCCUCAAAUUAUGAAAACUAUUAUUACUGAUCCUGACCAUUUCCUUAGUGAAGGUAAUUGCAUUGAAGGCCAUAUACUGUUUAUGUCCUUGAGAUAUGCUGAUCACUGCUCAUCUGAUACAAUGACAACUCAACUUAUUGAAAGUACAGUGUCAUCACUUCAAUACUUGACUAAGCAUUACAAAGAUAACUUAAAUCUAUUGUGUCAUUGGUUGGGUAAUAUCACUUGCCUACUUCAGUCCAUGAGACAGUACAGUGGUGAUCCUGUUUAUUACAAUCCUUGUAAGGAUGUUACCGGUCUGACUAGUUUUGAAUUGUCGGACUAUCAUGACUUCAUUACAGCUGAGGCUAUGUCAAUCUACUACCUCAUAAUAAAUCACUUGGAGAGAACACUAGAGCCACUUAUAGUUCCUGGUUUAUUGGAGCAUGAGUCAAUCCUAUGUCUUACUAGCGCUAGGCCAGUUGGUUGGGGUAGGACAUUGCUUGGUAUUGUAAAGCCAGUGAUAGUGACAGUCAGUGAUAUAGAGAGGUUUCUUAAUGACUUGCUGAAUCAAUUGGAGUUUUGUCUUGUUGAUACGUACCUUAUUGAACAAAUGUUUAAGCAAAUUUUUUAUUUCAUCAAUGGAGUCAUGCUCAAUUAUCUUCUUUUUAGAAAAGACUUGUGUCAUUGGACGUCAGGAAUGCAAAUAAGGUACAAUCUUAAUGUCCUUGAGGAAUGGCUAAGAGAACACAAACUCACUUGUGUAGUGGAUACUCUUCAGCCGAUUGUCCAGGCAUCCAAACUAUUGCAGAUGAAGAAAGAGACUCAAGAUGAUGCUAGAUGUAUUAGCGAAUUUUGUGCAAAUUUAAACACGCAACAGAUUCAGAAAAUCCUGCGCAUGUACACUCCAAGUAUUGAGUCUGAGAGUCGUGUGCCGCUAUCUGUGAUACAGUUUGUUGGUCAGUGUCAUCGUCAGGAUCAUCGUUUUGGGUCUGAGACUGAAAACCUCAUGAUUGAUUCCCGGUAUCAGUUUCCAGUCUCGAUCCCUUACUCUCCUACUCUUUUUAAUUUUGCUGCAAUUGAUGUUCCAAAACAAUUGGAUUUUUUGAUUAAAAUUUAAA